CCGCAGGCAGCCGGGCGCCGGGGACGGCGUGCUCCUGGACACCGCCAGCCUCAAGAUGAGCGACCUGGACUCGGAGGUGCUGCCCUUGCCCCCGCGGUACCGCUUCCGGGACCUGCUGCUGGGCGACCAGUCCUUCCAGACCGACGACAGGGUCCAGGUGGAGUUCUACGUCAACGAGAAUACCUUCAAGGAGCGGCUCAAGCUGUUCUUCAUCAAAAACCAAAGAUCCAGCCUGAGGAUCCGGCUGUUCAACUUCUCCCUGAAGCUGCUCACCUGCCUGCUGUACAUCGUCCGUGUCCUGCUGGACGACCCAGCCCUGGGGAUCGGAUGCUGGGGCUGCCCGAAGCAGAAUUACACCUUCAAUGAGUCAUCCUCCGAGAUCAAUUGGGCACCCAUCCUGUGGGUGGAGAGGAAGAUGGCUCUGUGGGUGAUUCAGGUCAUCGUGGCCAUAAUAAGCUUCUUGGAGACGAUGCUGCUCAUUUACCUCAGCUACAAAGGCAACAUCUGGGAGCAGAUCUUCCGAGUCUCCUUCGUCCUGGAGAUGAUCAACACACUGCCCUUCAUCAUCACGAUAUUCUGGGCGCCACUGCGGAACCUGUUCAUCCCCGUCUUCCUGAACUGCUGGCUGGCCAAGCACGCGCUGGAGAACAUGAUCAAUGACUUCCACCGCGCCAUCCUGCGGACGCAGUCGGCCAUGUUCAACCAGGUGCUCAUCCUCUUCUGCACCCUGCUCUGCCUGGUCUUCACGGGGACCUGCGGCAUCCAGCACCUGGAGCGGGCCGGCGAGAACCUGUCCCUCCUGACCUCCUUCUACUUCUGCAUCGUCACCUUCUCCACCGUGGGCUACGGCGACGUGACGCCCAAGAUCUGGCCGUCCCAGCUGCUGGUGGUCAUCAUGAUCUGCGUGGCCCUCGUGGUGCUCCCUCUGCAGUUUGAGGAGCUCGUCUACCUGUGGAUGGAGCGGCAGAAGUCGGGGGGCAACUACAGCCGCCACCGGGCCCAGACGGAGAAGCACGUGAUCCUGUGCGUCAGCUCCCUCAAGAUCGACCUGCUCAUGGACUUCCUCAACGAGUUCUACGCCCACCCCCGGCUCCAGGACUAUUACGUGGUCAUCCUGUGUCCCACCGAGAUGGACGUCCAGGUCCGAAGGGUCCUGCAGAUCCCCCUAUGGUCUCAGCGGGUCAUCUACCUCCAGGGCUCAGCUCUCAAGGACCAGGACCUCAUGCGAGCCAAGAUGGACAACGGGGAGGCCUGCUUCAUCCUCAGCAGCCGGAACGAGGUGGACCGCACGGCAGCGGACCACCAGACCAUCCUGCGCGCCUGGGCUGUGAAGGACUUUGCCCCCAACUGCCCCCUCUACGUCCAGAUUCUCAAGCCUGAGAACAAGUUUCACGUCAAGUUCGCAGACCACGUGGUGUGUGAGGAGGAGUGCAAGUAUGCCCUGCUGGCCCUGAACUGCAUCUGCCCGGCCACGUCCACGCUCAUCACCCUGCUGGUGCACACGUCCCGCGGCCAGGAAGGCCAGGAGUCGCCGGAGCAGUGGCAGCGCAUGUACGGACGCUGCUCGGGCAACGAGGUUUACCACGUGCGCAUGGGCGACAGCAAGUUCUUCCGGGAGUACGAGGGCAAGAGCUUCACCUACGCCGCCUUCCACGCGCACAAGAAGUACGGCGUGUGCCUCAUCGGGCUGAAGCGGGAGGAGAACAAGAGCAUCCUGCUGAACCCGGGGCCCCGGCACAGCCUGGCCGCUUCUGACACCUGCUUCUACAUCAACAUCACCAAGGAGGAGAACUCGGCCUUCAUCUUCACGCAGGAGGAGAAGCAGAAGAGGAAGGGCUUCUCGGGGCAGGGCCUGUACGAGGGGUCCUCCCGCCUGCCCGUGCACAGCAUCAUCGCCUCCAUGGGGACAGUGGCCAUGGACCUCCAGAACACGGAGUGCCGGCCGGCACAGAGCGGCGGGGGUGGUGGGGGUGGCAAGCUGGCGCUGCCCACAGAGAACGGCUCAGGCAGCCGGCGGCCCAGCAUCGCGCCCGUCCUGGAGCUAGCCGACAGCUCGGCCCUGCUGCCCUGCGACCUGCUGAGUGACCAGUCAGAGGACGAGAUGACGCCGUCGGACGAUGAGGGGCUGUCCGUGGUGGAGUACGUGAAGGGCUAUCCCCCCAACUCGCCCUACAUUGGCAGCUCGCCCACCCUGUGCCACCUCCUGCCCGUGAAAGCCCCGUUCUGCUGCCUGCGGCUGGACAAGGGCUGCAAGCACAACAGCUACGAGGACGCCAAGGCCUACGGCUUCAAGAACAAGCUGAUCAUCGUCUCGGCGGAGACGGCGGGCAACGGGCUGUACAACUUCAUCGUGCCGCUGCGGGCCUACUACCGCUCGCGCAGGGAGCUCAACCCCAUCGUGCUGCUGCUGGACAACAAGCCCGACCACCACUUCCUGGAGGCCAUCUGCUGUUUCCCCAUGGUCUACUACAUGGAGGGCUCCGUGGACAACCUGGACAGCCUGCUGCAAAGCGGCAUCAUCUAUGCUGACAACCUGGUGGUGGUGGACAAGGAGAGCACCAUGAGCGCCGAGGAGGACUACAUGGCCGACGCCAAGACCAUCGUCAACGUGCAGACCAUGUUCCGGCUCUUCCCCAGCCUCAGCAUCACCACGGAGCUCACCCACCCGUCCAACAUGCGCUUCAUGCAGUUCCGCGCCAAGGACAGCUACUCUCUGGCUCUUUCCAAACUGGAAAAGAGGGAGCGGGAAAAUGGCUCCAACCUGGCCUUCAUGUUCCGCCUGCCGUUUGCCGCCGGCCGCGUCUUCAGCAUCAGCAUGCUGGACACGUUGCUCUAUCAGUCCUUCGUGAAGGACUACAUUAUCUCCAUCACCAGGCUGCUGCUGGGCCUUGACACCACGCCGGGCUCUGGCUACCUCUGUGCCAUGAAAAUCUCCGAGGACGACCUGUGGAUCCGCACCUACGGCCGCCUCUUCCAGAAGCUCUGCUCCUCCAGCGCCGAGAUCCCCAUCGGCAUCUACAGGACUGAGUGUCACGUCUUCUCCACCUCAGAGCCCCAUGACCUCAGAGCCCAGGCCCAGAUCUCGGUGAGCGUGGAGGACUGCGAGGACACGCGGGAAGCCAAGGGGCCGUGGGGCGCGCGGGCGGGCCCCGGCGGAGGCAGCGCGCACGGCCGGCACGCGGCGGGCGGCGACCCGGCCGAGCACCCGCUGCUGCGGCGCAAGAGCCUGCCGUGGGCGCGGAGGCUGAGCCGCAAGAGCCCCAAGCCGGCGGGGAAGACGGCGGCCGCCGAGUGGAUCAGCCAGCAGCAGCUCAGCCUGCACCGGCGCUCCGAGCGCCAGGAGCUCUCCGAGCUGGUCAAGAACCGCAUGAAGCACCUGGGGCUGCCCACCACCGGCUACGAGGAUGUAGCAAAUUUAACAGCCAGUGAUGUCAUGAAUCGGGUAAACCUGGGAUAUUUGCAAGAUGAGAUGAACGACCACCAGAACACCCUCUCCUACGUCCUCAUCAACCCCCCGCCCGACACGAGGCUGGAGCCCAACGACAUUGUGUAUCUCAUCCGCUCGGACCCCCUGGCCCACAUGGCCAGCAGCUCCCAGAGCCAGAAGAGCAGCUACAGCAACAAGCUGGCCUCCUGCAACCCUGAGACUCGCGAUGAGACACAGCUCUGAGCCAGCCCUGCACAAGCCCCCCCCAGAGCCGACCUUGUGCCCGCCCCGUCGGCACGCAGCGUGAUGCAUGGAGCCUGCAGGGACCUGUCAUGCCAGCAUGGUCCUCCCUGUGAUGCUGGCCUGG